AUGAAGCGUAAGAUGAAAGAAGAACGGUUGAUAGAUGGAGUUAGAAUGGACGACCAUAUAUCAAAAGGAGAACGUUUGGAAAAUAUCGAUAAUUGUAAAAAUUUACCCGAAGCAGUUUUUAGAGAAAUAAUUGAUGUCAACGACAGAGUGGAUGGAAUGAAUUUAAAGGAAGUUAUGGAUAAAUUAAAAUCAUUUCAUGUCAAUUCGAAUGGGAGUGAAGAUGAACUUAAAGAAAGACUUAAAAAAAGUUAUGAAAAAGUUAUUUUAGCAUCUGGAAAAGAUAUGUCUGUAUCAAAUAUGAUUUUUCCUUAUUAUGUAGUUAUCGAUUUUGAAGCGACUUGUGAUAAUAAAAAAAUUGAUAGGCAAGAAAUAAUAGAAUUUCCAGCAGUUUUGGUUAAUAGUAAAAAACAAAAAAUCGAAGAUUGUUUUCGAAUGUAUUGCAAACCUAGAAUAAAUCCCAAAUUAUCUCAAUAUUGUAUGGAACUCACUGGAAUCACACAAGAACAAGUAGAUAAUGCAGAAACAUUCGAUAAAGUUUUAUCACAUUAUAAUAACUGGUUGAAAAAACAUAAUUUAGGUACGAAAAACAAAAGGUAUGCAGUUGUCACAGAUGGUAAUUGGGACAUGAGCAAGUUUUUAGUAAGCCAAUGUCAUUAUUCGAAUGUACCAAUACCAAAAUGGGGUAAAACAUGGGUUAAUUUAAAAAAAACAUUUAAAAACUUUUAUCAAAAAGGAGAGAAUAGGAUUUGUUUGAAAACAAUGUUGGAAAUGUUAAACAUGGAGUUUAUCGGGAGGCCACAUUGCGGUUUGGACGAUGCCAAAAACAUUGCAAGGAUUUUAUUGAAAAUGAUUUACGAUGGUUCCAACAUACAAAUAAACGAAAGAUUGGCAUCCGUUAGAAGAGUUAACAUUAAUAAAAAUAUUAAUGAUGAUGAUACGGAGGAUUCUCGAACGACAUUAAACGACGGUGAUAAAUCAAAUAUGGAGGACAUGGAUGAAGAACAAAUUCCUAAAUUCAAAGUCAAAACCUACGUUCAAUCAAUUAAUUCAACCGGAAAAACAUACAAUAGAAUCCGUAGACAACGUUUAACUGCACAAACUCAUCUAGCGCGUGAAAUGUUUAAAAAAUCAAAUGACGUCAUCAAUUUAACAAUAAAUUAA